AUGACCGUGACAAAGCUGUGUGGAUGCACCGUUGUGUUCUGGUGCUACUUGAUUCUUUUCUUCGACAUCUUCCUCGGUCUUCUUUUCGCUAUGAAACAUUUCGACUUCAAUUGGUUCGAUCUGAAAGCCACCGCGAAUCGAGCCUCGUUUUGGGGACGAGCUGAUCGUUGCCUCGAUCUUGGCUUGGGCAAAGUUGGGAUGGCUAUCGAGAUGUCCCUUCUGCUCAUCUCGAUCAUCGCUCUUUUCGGAUUGUGCUGCAGGAAAUCGAAAUUUUUACUUCCCUAUCUCAUUUUCAAGAUCGUCGUCAUCGUUAUCUACGUCUACAUGGGAGUCAUGUACGCGAUGCAUUACAAAAAUUGUGGAGGCUGGCUCUUUGCCCAAGCACUUGCCAUCGUUUUUGCCCUUAUCUCGUAUGCGAUCGUUGCUGGAACGUACAAGGCAAUCAAGCAAGAGUACUCGACGAUCGACCAUUUCAUUCCA